CUUUCUUUUCUUUUCGUUUCGUCUUCGAAAACUCGCAUAACUUCUCAUAGAAGUAGACGCUUCACGGUUCACCCCUCCUCUGUUCUAUUUAUUUAUUGUUAAUGGUAAUAACCUGAAAAAUAUAACUGUUGAUUUGGACUUGGACGUUUGACUCUCACUGCGAGUCAUGACCCGCCCGCCACCGAGUUUGGGUGUCUCUUCCGCCAAGCGAUCAAGCGUUUUCGAUUUCAGUGAGGAUGAUGAGCGUGUUGAGAAGGCGUCUGAGAAGUUUCUAGGGAAAUUUGCAAAACCUAAGAGAAAGCGUGAUUUGACUUCUCCAAUCAUCAAGUAUAAGUUCCUUGAGUUUUUUGCAGGAUGUACUGGGGCUCAAGAAAAGGAAAGUGCCGUUCAACACAUUGUUGUUGACAAUGAAUCAAUUGAUGUUGACAUGGGAUUUGCAGCAUAUCCUAGUGCUCAAGAAAAGGAAAGUGCCAAUGAAACCAUCAUUAUUGACAACGAACCAAUUGAUGUUGAAAUGAUAUUUGCUGAAGGGAUCAAGGCUCCAUGCAAGGAAAUUAGUGAUGAAUCAGUAGAUAUAGAUGCUAAUGGUGUAAGCGAUUCUCACAAACUCUCUGUUUCACCUCCUAUAUGUACCCUGCAAGAAGAUUGUACAGUAAAGGAAGCUUGUUGUGUGGAUGCAAUGGUGCAAUCUGGUUCUCAAAUUUAUGAGAACAAGUCAGUGGAUAUGAUUUCAGAUGAUGAUGAUGGAAGUGAAACAAGUACUGCCUCGAUUUCCAUCUCCACUCUUGAACAGACUGAAGUUCCAUCGAAAGAUCCAGUACCAGAGUCUUCUUCUGUUGGACAUAAGAUUGAUAUUUUAAAUAAUGCUGUUGUUGUAUUCCCUGAUUUUAUCCUAUAUGAGGACAUGUAUUGUACGGAGUCCCGCUUAACUUUCUUGAGAAGUUGCAUCAGAGUUGAGGGUUCAAUUGUAAAUGGGGCCACAGGAACAUUUAACAUUGAAUGGGCGUUGGAUGACGUUAUUAGUAUUGAAUCUGAAUGGUGUCGGAGGGUUGAGACUGCUAUGAUUAAUCUUUACUUUAAGCCAAAGGUUUCUAAAGGAGCUGGAAAUGCAAAUGAAACUUCAGCCAUUGACAAGUUGAAGUUUUCAGUUUAUGAUCCCUGUUGGUUUCAAGGACAGAAAGCAAUCAAAUCAUUGGAUGUCAGAUACAGAUCUAUCUGGAAUGUUAUUUUUGAUUCUGAUAGGAAAAAGGAUGAUGAUGCCUUUUCAGCCAACAGCAUGGCCAUCCCAAAGCCUUGUCUUUAUGUUCUUGAUGAGCCUUUUGAAGAUGUUAUUUAUCCAAAAGGGGAUCCUGAUGCUGUUUCAAUUAGUAAGAGAGAUGUGGAGCUUCUUCGUCCAGGGACAUUCAUCAAUGAUACUAUCAUUGACUUUUAUAUAAAAUUUUUAAAGAAUAAAAUUCUACCAAAGGACCAGCAUCGGUUCCACUUCUUCAAUAGUUUUUUCUUUCGGAAGCUUGCUGAUCUAGACAAGGACCCACGAAAUGCUUGCGAGGGCAGGGCAGCAUUUCAACGGGUUCGUAAAUGGACAAGGAAGGUGAAUCUUUUCAAGAAGGAUUACAUCUUCAUUCCUGUGAAUUAUAGCCUUCACUGGAGUUUGAUAGUCAUUUGUCAUCCUGGUGAAGUGGCCAAUUUCAGAGAUGAUGAAUGUGGAAGGGCUCUUAAAGUACCAUGCAUCUUGCACAUGGAUUCUAUUAGAGGAAGUCACAGGGGCCUCAAGAAUCUUAUUCAAAGUUACCUUUGUGAAGAGUGGAAAGAGAGGCAUGGUGACACUCUGGAUGAUGUGUCUUCAAAGUUCUCACGUUUACAGUUUGUACCACUUGAGUUGCCGCAGCAAGAAAAUUCAUUUGACUGUGGCCUCUUCUUGCUCCAUUAUGUGGAACUGUUUCUUGAAGAAGUUCCUAUUAACUUCAGCCCUUUCAAGAUAACAGAAUUCUCGAACUUUCUUAAUAGGAAUUGGUUUCUACCUGAGGAGGCUUCUCUUAAACGGGCGCGCAUCUGGAAGUUAAUUUGUGAAAUUCUUGAAGAUCAGUCUCAGCAAAUUCCUAAAGGGGAAUCUAUUGAUAAGUAUCCUUGCUCCCUGUUUGCAAAUACAAAUGAGCAAGAAACUGGAAUAGAGUUUCUUACAGGGGCAUCUAGUUCACUGAAAAUGUGUCAGAGUGAUCUUUGUAGUCUUAAUACUGAACUGGGGAUUGAGAUUUCACUUCCAUCAGCUUCUCCUCUGAGAGUGGUGCCACAACAAAUUAGAGAACCAGGAUUGGAUUCCAGGGAGUUGUUUGAGCCAGAAACUAGUGCUAGACUAUUUUACAGUAGAAAUUACUCGCGAGCAUGUCGUCUAAGUUUCAUGUCACCAGUAGAGGAGGCAGAAGAAAUUGGUGAGCAAUUCUCUGAUUCAUCGUCAGAUACAGAAGAUUCUUGGAAACAGAACUAUAUGCAGAUUGAGGAACCUUACGAUGACGACUCAAGUUCUGGAACAUAUAGGAAUGAAUCCCAGAAAUCAUCAGAAAUAGGGUUGGAUGAUCAUCCACAGGGAUAUGGUAAUGCAAGAAAAACUGAGGGACAGGAAUCUUCAACUUCGACCGAGGACAUUUUAACUUAUAUUGUUGAAGAUUCUCAAGAGGCAAAGGGCAUGCAUACUGGAAAUGAAGCCGCCUCAUCCGUUAAAUAGCUUAAACGAAAACAUUGUCCGGAAAAAUAAUGUAGUGAUGAGCAAGAAAGAUUUGGUUUCAGAAUCAGAUGAACAGGCUGCAAAAAGGCCAAAGCUGGUGUCUCCUGAAGGUAGAAAGAUGAAUCACAUGAUUAACCUGCUGUAAAUAACAGUAUUUUUAAGUACAUAUUAUGGUGGCCUUUGGGGAAAAGGACUUAAGGUAGGCAAACAGAAGAGAAGGAUAUAGAGAGAGAGAAAAAAAAGGACGACCUUGUUUUUGUAAUGGGGAUACUACCACAGAUGGAUGGAUGAUUGAAGAAAUACAUUUUGGGAAUGAAAUGUCAAUCUUUUGAAGUUUAUGUCUGUUGCACGGUUACAACAAUUUUCCUUGUGGGUCUGAUUAUUUUCUUCAAUUUUUUGAUAGGCAUAAAUAGACUUAUCUUUUAUUAUUUAUAAUAAUAAUAAUAUGUUGUAAAA